ACAAGAGGCAGAGAGGACUGGCGGACUAAACUUUCAUAUCUGUGAGAGGGAGAGAAGGAUCGGAGAGAGUGCAGCUUCUCGACCGACCGAGAGAGAGAGAGAGAGAGAGGACGAGACCGGUCGCAAGUUUGAUGGAGGAAAACACACAGCGGACUACUGCGGUCACACAUCAUUCGCACGCGUUUAAACUACAGCUGUGCUGACCCUCCUGCGGAAGGAACAUUAAUGAGCCUGAUUGACAACCCUCAAGAUCCCACUCCUCAGACACGAUGACCGCCUCUUCUUUCCCCUUCACUCCUUCGGCCUCUGCGUCGUCCAACUCCUCUCUUGCCUUUUCCUCCUCUCCUUUCUCCGCCUCGUCGGCGGUCUCCCCAAACCAGAAUAUUUGUUCGUUUGACGACACGACCCUCCGUCUGCCGCUGAUGGUCUCCUACUCCCUCUUCUUUGUCGUCGGGCUCGUGGGUAACCUCUUUGCGCUGUGGGUCUUCCUUUUCUUACACUCCAGCCGCAAUUCUGUAAGAGUAUUCCUCAUCAACUGCGCCGUGGCUGAUCUGGUCCUGCUGGCGUGUCUGCCCUUCAGGGUCCUCUACCACAUUAAUGGAAACAAGUGGGUACUGGGAUCUUUGGCCUGCAAGCUGGUGGGGAAUCUAUUUUACAUGAACAUGUACAUCAGUAUCCUGUUACUGGGCCUCAUCAGCCUGGACAGAUACUUGAGGCUCAAAGGAAAAGGUAGAGCGCGGAGAGGCGUGAUGAUGAGGCUGCGGGGGCACAACUGUCCGUGGAGCUGGGUGGCGUGCGCGGCUCUGUGGGGUCUGUCGCUGAUGGCGGUGGUGCCCAUGAUCGCCACGGCCGAGGACAAAGAGAACAGCGGCCAGUGCUUCCAGUACAAGCAGCGACGCGUAGCCAAAGGGAAAGCCUACUUCAACGCGAUCUUGGUGCUGUUGUUCUGGCUCGUCUUCGUCAUGCUCGUGGUCUCCUACGCGAAGAUCGCCUCCCAGUUGCUGAGGGUGUCACGGGACAAGCCGGACCUGCCCAACUCGCACAAAUACCAACGGACCGCCAAGAAAUCCUUCUUUGUGCUCUUUCUGUUUACCCUUUGUUUCGGGCCCUACCACGCCUUUCGCCCCGUCUACAUCCUCUCCCAGCUCAGCGGAACGGCAUCGUGCGACUACUUGCACCUGGUGGACCGCACCAAUGAGGUCAUGUUGUUAUUCUCCGCCUUCAACAGCUGUUUGGAUCCCGUCAUGUACUUCCUGUUAUCCGGCUCGGUGCGCAAAACCGCCCUCCGAGUACUCGGAGACCGACUCGGCAAUUGGGCGACGUCCAACAGCUCGACGACAGAGUUCAGACGGACGUCUGUGCCUGUGGCUUUAAAUUCUCAACUCAACACUCCCUCGGGUACCCCGAGAAACAGUAUCUGUGUCAUCAACUCCACCCUUCGCCGCACGGGAGUGACGGUGUUUCCCCCUACCGACCGACAGUGAUGAAAGUGUGAACGCUGGAGAAAUAAAUACCUUUCGUUUCUAACAUAUGCCGGACUGAUCGGGCAAUUCUCUGUAACAAUGAGUAAAGCGUUUCUACACGUAAUGACUUCUUAUGUUCGACAAAUGUAUGUAUGUUUGUUUGUUGUUUUUUACUGCAGUUACUCAUUGUUUAGACAUUAAAUCAUUGUUUAAAUUCUACUUUAAUGUCUGAGUGAAAGAAGAAAAAGAAAGAAAGAAAGAAAGAAAGAGGCACUACAGUGACUGCAAAGACAGCAGCUUUUCUAAAAAUAAAUACAUGCCAUGUUUAUUUUCUAGAGAAUGCUGUUAUGCUAUAAUGUUUCUGAAAAUAUAAAUGGGUAAAUUUGUGACAAUGGAUUGAGUGUAUCUAAAUUAUGUUAAAACAAACACAUUUUGGAUGUUUUUGUUCCAUUUCUAAAUCUAUUUGUAAUGUUAAUAUAAUCCUGUCUAUAUGAAAGUAAAGAG